AUGUUGCCCAACACCUCAGCUUGCAUCGCAAUCCUGUUCGCUGGUUCAUCAGCAAUCGCUCAGACGCUGAAUCCGUGGCCUCAGAAAAAUUUCGGUGGGGAUGGCAAUUACACAGACGGCGACGUCAACACAAUCGAGACUAAAGACUAUAUUCCCUACUACGGCGGCGGCAGCUUCUCGCUUCUGUUCAACACCUGGAUCACGAUGAGCGGACUAUACAUACAGUCCCCGGGCGACGACUUCAUCACCGACUACAAAGUUCAAGCUGUCAUUGGCGACGAUUAUGCGCUAUUGGAUGUCGGCAGGGUAUGCGGCGCGACCGGAAACUUCACAUUCGUGCCUUUGAUCAACCCUAGGGAUGGACAGCCCCCUCGGUCGCUCACGUGGCUCGUGAAUGUCAGUGGCACGAGAGAAAACUCCACGACGUACCGCAUCAACGAGAUGUGGCCUGUGUUUCCAGGGGACGAGGUUGUUGACCCUGAGAACACAUCCUCAUGUCCAGCGGCUGUUUCCGCGUGA